AUGAGUAAGACACAUCCGCCAGAGUUAAAGAAAUACAUGGACAAAGAAAUGGAGCUUAAAUUGAACGGCAAUCGUCGUGUGUCCGGUGUUCUUCGUGGAUUUGAUCCUUUUAUGAACAUGGUUAUCGAGGAUGCGAUCGAAUACCCGAAAAAUGGCGAUCCAGUCUCGCUUGGAAUGGUUGUCAUUCGUGGCAAUUCCGUUGUCAUUAUGGAGCCGAAGGAACGGAUCUCAUGA